AGCAGAGCUAGGAAUUGAAGCUAGGUCUGUGUCUUACAACUGGGACUCAAUACUGCGCUCAAGGACACCGCGCAGUGGGAGGGCUAAAGACCCCCACCCCCACCCACACCCACCCCCCAGCUGUGGUCGUCCACACUGGGAAGGGGAGAACCCUAGAAGGAGCAGUCAGAGAGCAGGAGGCACAGGACAACGCAGCGACCAGAGUGGAGUCGAGGAAAGUGCUUGUGUCACCAGAGGCGGCCGUGGCUUUGAUCCUUUAGGGAUCCCUUCGGGUGCAGAGCGCAGAUCCGAGCCCAGUCUUGGGAUUCCUCCUGGUUUGGGUGAGCAGUUAAAGGCACCCACUGACUCCACCCUUCUUCCCCUCCACCCCGCUCCUAAAGCGAAUGUGGGCGGAGCAAAGACAGAAGCAGGGAAGGGACCAGCCUGGUUCCCGCCCCCAACCAUUGUGCCGGGGAGCUAGGAGGCACUGCGAGCCAAUCAGGACGUAGCAUGUAAAUAAGCAAGACGGGCAGGUUGGGGGCGACUCCAGAGCUCGGUAUCGGUAUCGCCGCCCUGGCGAGGGAGCAAACUACAUUCUACAUUGACUGGACGUGAGCGAGGCGUGGACUCUGGUGAGCAGGUUGGCUCUGGGCCAGGGGCAGAUGCCAAGGAGUUUUGGGUCUAGGAGGAGGGAGGGUCAGACACACUUGGGCCCAGAGAUGGUCGGAGACAGCAAGCGGACGUCUUUGAGGACCCCACCCCCGACGACUCUGGACACAGAUGGUGCGCAGAUGCCCAGGGAACGCUGAGCAGAGGAAGGGCCCCAUGCUUGGAAGGACGCGGGGUGAGGGAAGCGAGGGAUCCGCGGACGCCGGGACCGCUGACGCAGUGGCUGACAGACGAAGGGAGAGUUGGACUCAUGGAGGCCUAGGGAGACCCUCACGCCAUCUCCUGCCCAGCGCAGAGAGGAAUCCGUGGCUGCGCUGGGGAACCAGAGAGAGAGAGGAGGAUAGCCAUCCCGUACGCCCUCACCAUGACCAGCUGCCGCCACCAUUCCGGGUACUUGGCAGACGACGAGGCCGGCCACACCACCUAUGUGGCCCGGCUGCCUAAGAAGCCACUGUUUCCGGGAAUGGGGCAAGCCGCCAAGUUGGGCCACACGCCACACCCACCAUCGAGGUACACCCCCACAGACAGCUUAGGGCUCCGUGGCCACCGACGAAACCCAAGGGACCCUCGGCCCUUUGGUACCUUCCUGGAUUUCCUCGUCGAGGGUCAGGUGCUAGACAGCCUACAGACGGUGGUGGAAGAGGCAACUGAGCGCAUGACUGCCAUGAAGACAGAGGCUGGGGUGCCCCUGGUGGAGGUGCAGGAUCCCAUAGAGGUGCCGAGGGGUGGGCGGCGGGCGCGUGCCCGGCCCAGCCUCAGUACCGUGCACCGGCACCGGGCCCGGCCCAGCCUCUGCACUGGACAGCCCAACAACUACCCCUCCUCCUCCAGCUCCAUGUCCGAUUCCCAUAGCUGCUUCACAGCUGGCUGCCGGGGCUCCCACAGCUGGGACAGUGACCUGGGCGCCCGUGGCAUGGGCUCACUGCCACCCAUGAGGGACAGACUUUUGCUGGAGAAGAACCUCAAACGGCUUUUGAAGCUGGAGAACCGAGGGAAAGGCCUGGGUCCAUCCUGCUUCCGGAGGGACUCCCUGCUGUGGAACUCCCUGGCCAGCCAGUCCAGCAGCCAGUGGACCCAGGAGCCAACUCAGUCAUGGUUCUCAGGCCUGCUGGACUCAAACAUAGGCACACCCCAAACAUCAGAGCCCGGGUCUGGAGAAUGGGAUCUGACGUUUCUCAAGCGAGAGUUCGAUAAGGAGAUCAAGUCCUUGUUGAACCAGCCAGUGUCCUUUGACCUGCCCGGCUACUGUUCAUUCCGUGAGCCCCAUCAGACCCUGGACUUUCUGGCUGAGCACCACCUCUUCCCUGCCCUGCAGCGCGUGGUCCGCCAGGCUGUGGACAAGCUCAGUGGCGCCUGCCGCCACAAUGGCUGCCCUCUCUUCCCAUCAGAAUGGGAGCCCGCCAUAGAUCCCAAUUCUGACUCCGCCACAGGCUCCAAGCCAGCCACACCCACCGACGGGGAGGACCCCUACGAUGUGCUUCCCAGAGUCUCCAGCUCCAAGACAGAUGGAAGAAAGAGCACCAAGGGCAGAGGACAGGGCAAGCCCAAGGAAGGUGGUUCCCCUGUGUCUAGGGCCCAGGUGGCCACAAGAUACAGGAUCGAGGUGAAACCCACAGAAGAAUCCAAGAGCCCCACUUACAAGUUCAAGAAGAAGAAGCCACUGCCCUCCAUCUCUUCCAACUCCAGCACGUCCCACCUCUCCAACCCCUUGUACGAGGAGCUCGUCAGCUAUUUGGUGGACCAGGUUGUGUCCCUGCUCACCUACAAGUACAAGUUUGAGAAGAACCUCUCCAAGAAGCUGGGCUUCAUCUCCUUCCCGGUCACCGAGAUGCUCAUGGACCUCUUCCUGGGCUUCAGGAAGGUGAAGGGCUCCCACAUCUGCCUGUCCCCCAAGAUUGACUGGAGCUGCCUCCAGCGGAGGCUGGAGCAGGCUGAGUGGGCCCAGCAGCUGUCCAGACACACAUCCCAGCAUGAUUCCUCCUCCCAGCGCAGCUCCCACCGCAGAGCCCCCCACCACAAAGGCCCCCACCACAAGGCCCCCCACCACAGGCCACCCCACAGCAGCACAGAGUCGCCCUCCACGCUGCUGGAGCCGGGCCCCCAAGUGGAUCAGGAGGAGGCCAUGGAGUCCAGCCUCAACAUUGAGUUUCCAGGCUCUCAGCUGCUCCCAGCUCAGGAGGACACUCCAGUCGGGGGCCAGGAGCCCGCAAGCCAGCAAGAGCCCAAGCCCUCCAUGUUCUCUGGCACCAGCACAGGCUCUAAUAAGCAUCAGGAAGUCCUAGACAUGGACAGUCAGAGCGAGGAGGAGGAAGAGGGUGAGGACGAGGACGAGGACUUCUUAGGGGACAAUGACACAUCCCAGAGCUACCCGGGGCUUCAAGUGGAGGUGGGGGUCACCCACUCCACAAACGUGGGCCGCAGUGACCCUCCGUGAGGCCUCCUGUAAGCUGCACCCAGCACUUGAUUCCCUAUUCCUCCUCUUGCUCCAAUGCUGCCCCCCUCACCCCCAGCUGGUCCCCAUCCUGAGCAGAGGUCAGGGUGGGCCGGACACCCAUGAGAAGCUCUGCUGGCCUGUCAGGGGAGCCAAUGGGAGAAAUAAAGCUUGUCUUG